AUGGAAAUCAGCCAUGAACCGCAGCGCCUGCAUGCCCAGCGACGGGCCUUGACCAGCGCAGCCCUGAGCGUGUCCUACGCCACGUCCGCCCCCCUCGUCAUUAUUCGGGGCACGGGCUGUUACCUCAUUGACCACGCUGGUCAGGCGUAUCUCGACACCCGAAAUAACGUGCCGCACCUGGGCCACUGCCACCCAGCCGUGGUCCGCGCCGUUCAGCAGCAGGUGGCCACCCUCAACACCAACUCGCGCUAUCUCCAUCCCACCUACAACGACCUCUGCCAACGGCUUCUCACGACCCUGCCCCCUGCCCUGCGCGACCAGUACGUCGUGUUUCUUGUCAACUCGGGCUCGGAAGCCAACGACCUUGCCCUCCGCCUCGCCCGCGCCCACACCGGGGCCCAACACGUGGCCGUGCUUGACCAUGCCUAUCAUGGCAACACCACGGCCACCCUCGAGCUCUCCCCCUACAAGUUUCUCCAUCCCCGAUACUCGGCCCUUGGACAGCCCUCUCCGCCCACUCACACACACGUCCUACCAGUGCCCAGUGCCGCCCGUCCGGGCGACCCCACACGCGCUGACCCCCUCCGUCCGCUACGGCACCUCUGCGACCAGUACGAUCGACAACUAGCCGCACUCUUUGUCGAGUCGGGCAUGUCAGUGGCCAGCGUCAUUCUGCCCCCGCCUCACUACUUCCAGGCUGCCUUUGCCGCCGUUCGCGCAGCCGGUGGCCUGUGCGUUUGCGACGAGGUGCAAACAGGUCUCGGUCGCACCGGCGCUUGGUAUGCCUUUGAGUGGGCCGACGUCACACCCGACAUCAUCACACUUGGCAAGCCCAUGGGCAAUGGCAUGCCGCUCGCUGCCGUUCUCUGCCACCGAGAUAUAGGUGCCACCCUGGCCCGCGGUCCAGAAUACUUCAACACUUUUGGUGGCAAUACCGUCUCGUGUGCUGCCGGCCUCGCCGUGCUCGAGACCCUCGAAGCCGACAAUUUGCUAGCUCACGCGACCCGCGUGGGUGCCCAUCUCAUGUCCUGCCUUUGCAAACUGCAGGCAUCACUAGCCCAACAGCACCCCGAGCUGCCCUGUCACAUUGGUGACGUUCGUGGCCGUGGCCUUUUUGUGGGUGUCGAGUUUGUGACCCACAUUCAGCAUCCCACCCCCGCCACCCAAGCGGCCUCCCAUCUCUGUACGCAGCUUCGGUUACAGCACCACAUUCUGACAUCCCUAGACGGCCCUCAUGACAACGUCAUGGUCAUCAAACCUCCCAUGUGUUUUGGCAUUCGUGAAGCCAACCAACUCGUGCGCGCCCUAAGAGCCGAGCUCCUCGCCAUGCCUGUCGACCUGACUGGCGUCGCCCCGACGCCCACAUAA